CCACGUUCUGCUGCAGAGGAGAGAGCACCAGGAUGAGGAGACUGUAGGCACCCGCCGUAGUAUGGCCGCGUCCCGUUCCUCGCGCGUCACAAGGUCAUCAGUGGGGCUCAAUGGAUUGGAUGAGAAGUUUUGUGGUCGAACCCUCAGGAACCGCAGCAUCGCCCAGCCAGAGGAGACCGCUGUGUCUCCGCUACCCAGGGCCCGCUCGCCCAAGAAGAAGCAGGACGCCAAGCAGGACUCGAAGCAGGACGCCAAGCAGGAGUCGAAGCAGGACGCCAAGCAAGAGUCGAAGCAGGACGCUAAACAGGACGCCAAGCAGGAUUCAAAGCCGGACGACAAGCAGGAGUCGAAGCAAGACGCUAAACAGGACGCCAAGCAGGAGUCGAGGCAGGACGCCAAACAGGAGUCGAAGCAAGAUGCUAAACAGGACGCCAAGCAUGAUACAAAGCAGGACACUCAGCAGGACGGCCAGCAGCAGGCCUCGCUGCAGGGAAAGCUAACUGACUCGAAUGCUUCUCCGACUGAGGCAGAGCAUUGGACCAGCUCCAGGAAGCGGGGCGUGGCCUGUUUGGAAAAAGACAAUAGUCCUGAGAAGUCCGAGAACUGUGAAAGAGGGAAGGGGGCACAGGAUGCCUCUCCUCAAAUUAAAAGGGCCAAGCGAUGCUCCCGCUCUGGAGAGUCUCAGGGACACGAGGAGGACCCCGAGCUCCUGAAAUCUGAAAGUCCAGUCUCUGUCCCGGAGCCUAGCAAGGACAACAGUUGUGAAGAACUUUCCAGCCAAAAUUCUGCUAACGCGGCUCCCGCCUCACCGGUCCUCAGUAAAGAGGAAGGUGAGCCGACGGGGGGCGAGGCAGAGGAUGGUCAUGUGGAGUGUGACGGGGCAGCUCAGCCCCCGAAUGCCCACAAGGCCUCGAAUGGACUCAGAGAGAAUAAAGCAGAGGAAGCUAGCACACUUACUGAAGAGCCUAGUGCAAAUCCCACCUCUGCCACCAACUGCCCGUCGCUGCUCAACGGUAGUCAGACGGGGGCUCCCUCUUCCCCUGACCCCGCCGUGCCUUGUAGAAACUCUGGCCUUGUGCAGAUGGAGGUGACUGGCUCAGGGGAACCGUCAGCCUCACCUGCUCCGACAUUAGAGGCUGCUCCAGAGGAUCCUGUCCCCGAGUUGGUCAUGGCCAAGGAGCAGGAGGUGGAGGAGGUGGAGGUUGAUGUGGUGGGGGACCCCUUGUGUCUGGCCCACGAGGAGCAGGUGACGGAGAUCGAGAGUGACACCAACGGCCGGCCGGUGACACCGGUGCAGGAAGCUGCUGCCUCCACCUCCUCCUCCACCACCACCAACAACAACAACACGAACAGUAGUCCAAUCAACAACAGCAACUCAGGAGAAACUACACCCCCACUAGCACCAACCCCCUCCCCUACAGAGCCAGGGUGUAACCCCUCAAUAUCCAGCACGCCCCCUUCUUUCACAGAGCUCUAUGAACACAGAUACACCCUGCGGACUUCACCCAGGAGGGCUGCCACUGGUGGCAAAGCUUCCUCCUCAAAGCCCAGCUCUCCUCCUAGAGACAAUGGUCCCUUGAGGGAGGAGGGGGAAGUGGUGACAGGGCUAGAGGAGGACUGUCCUAUGAUGGAGGAACCUGCUCCCUCAGACUCUUUGGGCCCCUCCAAUGAGGAGCCAGCGUCUAUGGAUCCUGGAGACAGGGCAGGUGGUGAGGACGGUGGGCCUGUGGAAGGCAAGGAGGCCGAGAGCAGCAAGGAGCUGACACGCAGCCAGGCGGCUGAGGAGGAGGAGGAGGAGGAGGAGCCAGACGUGUAUUACUUUGAGUCCGACCACCUGGCUCUUAAACACAACAAAGAUUAUCAGAGGUUGCUGCAGACCAUCGGAGUCCUGGAGGCCCAGCGCACACAGGCCGUCCUGGACUUGGAGACUCUGGGGUGUCACCAGAGAGAGGCGCUCUCCGAUCCCAUCAACUUUGUGGAGCAGCUGCAGAAAAGGGUGAAUCUGGGCUUGCCGUGCCCUCAGCGAGUCGUCCAGGUCCCUGACAUUGCGUGGGAGCAGUACACCUCAGGCCUCGGUGAUUUUGAGAGAGAGUUCUGCGACAAAAAACGCAAAACCAGGCGGCUUAAGCUGAUUUUUGACCAAGGUUUACCACUUCGACCAAAAAGUCCUGUGGAGCCCAAGAAGGAAGGCGAAUCCUCCACCAUGUACUCUUCUCUGCCCACUAGUGACGGCCCAGAGAACGGCAGGCAAACGCAGAUGAUCAGGGGGAGGAUUUGUCACCCAAAUAAGCCUGACACAUUUAACCAGCUGUGGACUGUGGAGGAACAGAAAAAACUGGAGCAGCUUCUUGUGAAGUUCCCUCCAGAGGAAGUGGAGACCAGACGAUGGCAGAAGAUUGCUGAUGAGCUGGGCAAUCGAACAGCCAAACAGGUUGCCAGUAGGGUUCAGAAGUACUUCAUCAAACUGACAAAAGCUGGUAUCCCUGUGCCUGGAAGAACACCCAACCUCUGCAUGUACACUAAAAAGGCAUCCAGUAAGAGGCAGCAUCACCUUAACAAGCACCUGUACCGGCCGUCCACUUUCCUGACCUCCUAUGAGCCUCCGGUCUUCAUGGACGAAGACGACGAACGGUCCACGUAUUACGGCAGCAUGCAGGACCCUUCUGCUGACGAUUCGGAUGACGAGGGUAUACCUGUAGAGUUUAGAAAUUUGCCAGAGUACAAAGAGCUUUUGGAGCUGAAGCGGCUGAAAAAACAGAAGCUCCAGGAGAUCCAGGAGGAUAAGGUCGGGGUGCGGCAUUUAGGAUACAAGUGUGACGUCUGCGGCAUGGAGCCUAUCCAGGGAGUGCGGUGGCACUGUCAGGAUUGUCCGCAGGACAGCUCCGUUGAUUUCUGCUCCAACUGUUCCGACUGCUUGUUCAAGACAGAGACCCACAAGCCUAACCACCACCUGGAACCAGUGUACCAGCCAGAAACCUUCCUGGACAGGGACUACUGCCUGCCACAGACCGCAGGCUACAACUACCUGGACCCGAACUACUUCCCAGCCAAUAGAUGACAGGGUCCCAGGCGCCCCUAGCUCCAGGCUCUCUCCACAUAUCCCACAGGCCACUCUGUGCAUGGCUCCAUCCUCCAAGUCCAAGAUAACCGCUUAACCCGCCGCCAGGCAGGAAGGCCAGCAGGCAGGCAGACAGCCGGGGGCCUCAGAGCAGACCACAGUGCUGCUGGUGGAGGGGGGCUGUUGGUAAACUGGCCUCCCUGACUUGAGCAAAAAGGGCGGCCAUGUUGGUUCCUCAGAACAAGGUGGCCCCCGCUCCACCUCAGCCAGGUUAAUCAACGGAUCUGUGAUUUGAAACGAUACACUAUUUUUAAAAACAAAGAAAAACAAAGAAACAAACAAACCAGAAGGCACACCGACAUUCCCGAGCUCUGUGACUCCAGGAGGGCUGUCCCUGUUCCCCUCUUACCCCCCCAUCAACCUCCAGUUACCUCCCUGUGCUGCUUUGAAACUGGAGAACUGAUGAUCAGUCUGGUGAAGCGCCACCUAAUGGAGAUAAUGUGGUUGACCAGUGUGUCAUAGUGGACUGUGAAGUCAUCAACUGAGAUACACAUAGGUGGUUUGUAUGUGUGUAUGUGGUCUCUCCGUGUUAUGCAAGAGUGAAAAAAUGUUCUAGCUAGGUAUCUGUAGAUUGAGUAUUUAUGAGCCGUACGUCCUCAGCGGGAGCUGGGGCUGCUGCGAGAGAAGAUAGGCGGUGUGGAACUUGAUGCUGAGGCCGGUGUGUUUUUUUUUUUUUUGUUGUUUUUUUUUCCUCCCUCCGGUUGCAGACUGUAGGAAGUUCUGCUGAUCCAGAUGACGUUUUUCAGACAGACCUGUAUGUGUUCAACGGAUUGUGCGCCAUGUUUCAGCAUGGAGCCAUCCCCACCACUGUCACAUAACGCUGCUCUCAACCCCUCACCUUUCAAACACACACACAUACACACAGACACACACACACACACACACAGAGACGCACACUUUCAUGUUUUUUUCCUUUCCCUUUUUGCUCUCUCCACUAAAACAUGUCUAACAAGCACUACAGCAUGGAGAGCAAAUGUUUUUGAAGGCAGGCGAAUGAGAACGAAUGGAAAAAUACACAAUAUUGUGUUUUUGAGUUGUUUUUUUUCUCCUCCCCCCAAUGUGUGCCGUUAUUGAUCAUGUUGAGUGUACAAGUAUAUGGUGAAAAGUAGCCAGCGCUAGUUGCUGUGUGCCAUUUUUAAAAAAACAAAAAAAGAAAUAGUUUUUUUUUUUGGGGGGGGGUGUGAUUCCUCCUCUGAACUCGGCCACAACUUCUCCCCUCCUGCGUGGCACCAUCGACCCACAUUGUCCUACAUUACUGAUCAGUCAUCAUGCCUCUAGAUCUUCUUUAAUUUUGCAGUCCACUUUAAAGGUCCAUUUAAAAGAUUGUAUUUUUAUUAAUCUAUUUAAAAAGUGAAUUGAGGUAGUGGUUGGUGCCUCCACAGUGGAACAACCCACACAAUUUUAUACACAUAGAUUUUGUUGUGCUUGAGUAGACACCAUUUUGUAUGGUUUUUGUCUCCUUCCCUCACCCCCUUUUCCCUGCUUCAAUAUCUGUGUAUAACAGUCUGUUCUUAUGUAAAAAAAAAAGAUAA